GCCGAUCGUGAGCACCGGCUGACUGGAAGGCUGCGGCGGGUCUUGUUAUUCCAGCCCUUGCUCUCCCAGCGCGCCAUGGAGCAGCCGCCGGUCUGCAGAGUCAAUUCCGAGCCGGGGUGGUAUUUGUCGGCUCAGGACUUGGAAGAGGGUGCCCCACUCCUCUCGCCCCAGGACACGACACCGCUGAAUCAUGCAUCAACUGGUACCUCCUUUGGCUUCUCUGUAUUUAAUUUAAUGAAUGCUAUCAUGGGAAGUGGGAUUCUUAGUUUGGCGUAUGUCAUGUCCAAGACAGGGAUCAUUGGAUUUAGUGUGUUGCUGUUAAUUGUUGCUACCCUUGCAUCUUAUUCUAUAUUUCUGCUGCUUAGUAUGUGCAUUUACACUGCUGUCACUUCUUAUGAAGAUCUUGGUCUCUUUGCAUUUGGUUCACCUGGAAAGGUUGUUGUGGCCAGUACAAUCAUCAUACAGAACAUUGGAGCUAUGUCUUCUUAUCUUUAUGUUAUUAAGUCCGAACUUCCGGGUGCUAUUGCAGGACUUCUGAAUGGAGACCAUAGCAGUUCCUGGUAUCUUGAUGGAAGGUUACUGCUGCUGAUUACCUCAGUUUGCAUUGUCUUCCCUCUAGCACUUCUUCCUAAAAUUGGCUUUCUUGGCUACACAAGUAGUUUAUCAUUUUUCUUUAUGGUGUACUUCGCUCUUGUGAUCAUAAUUAAAAAGUGGUCAAUUCCUUGUCCUCUGCCACUAAACUUUGCAACAGUGUUCUCCCAGGUUUCAAAUUCUACUGGAGACUGCAAUGCACAACUUUUUAAUUUCUCCAAAGAGAGUGCUUAUGCCAUUCCAACUAUGGCGUUCUCAUUUCUCUGCCAUACAUCAGUACUGCCAAUUUAUUGCGAGCUCCAAAGUCCAUCCAAAAGCAGGAUGCAAAAGGUUGCCAACACAGGAAUUGCUCUCAGCUUUCUAGUUUAUUUUCUGUCAGCGCUAUUUGGAUACCUCACUUUUUACAACCAUGUGGAUUCAGAAUUGCUCCAAGGAUACAGCAAGUACUUGCCCCAUGAUAUGGUCAUCAUGACAGUAAAACUGGGAAUCUUCUUUGCUGUGCUGUUGACAGUGCCUCUAAUUCACUUUCCUGCAAGAAAAGCUGUAAUGAUGGUAUUUUUUUCACAUCUUCCUUUCUCCUUGAUCCACCACAUUUUCAUCACUUUAGUACUCAAUGCAACCGUUGUCUUCCUCGCAAUGUACGUGCCUGACAUCAGACACUUUUUUGGAGUAAUUGGUUCUACCACAUCAACAUGCUUGCUUUUUGUAUACCCGGGACUAUUUUAUCUUAAGAUUAGUACAGAUGACUUUAUAUCACGGCAAAAACUUGGUGCAUGCGCACUGCUAGUUUUUGGCCUCCUGGUUGGUCUUCUGAGUUUAUCGGUAAUCAUAUACAGUUGGGUCCACCAGUGAAAGUAUUCCUGCCUUCUAAAAUCUAGAACUAUGUGUAAGAACAGCUGCUUAAGUGAAUAGUUUCCACAGUGUCUUAAAUAAAAAUUAUUCUGCCAAGUGCUGAAGAAAGUUGA